AUGCCAAAAGUUUUGGAUCGCGAUAUGCUUGAACGAUCUCACAUCAUUGAAGUUCUGUCACCAAUUCUUCUCGCGUUUCGCAAAGCAUUUCCUGAUGUAAAAUAUAUUUGGGUAGAAAAGAAUGUAAGAUCCAUAAAAGAGGUGAAUAUCAUGUUAACAAAACUACAAAAAAAACACCCGGCUGGCGAUGUUAAAAAGCUAUUAAUUAUGGCUAUAUAUAGUUUAUGUCGACUCCUUGCAGACAAAAGGAAAUAUUUAGCAGUUGAAUUGGCUUCUUGCAUAAUUCCAUUUGUUUUUGACGCUAUCACAUGUUACAUGAAGAUUUUUAAUUUCUUUGCAGUUAUUCGAAAUGAAUUCGUAGAACAAGAAAAAUUACAAAGGAAAAUUCGUUCCUUUAUUCCAGUUAAUAAUUGUUCUGAAAAUUAA